CACAUUCUAACAAAGCUUAUUAUGUGAGUUAGUAUUUUGUACAUGUAUAAUUCUGAUUUGUUUGCAGACCAUCCAUUGUCAUUCGAAAGCUACACGAGACUUCACUUUUGUUAACUCAAGCAGUUUGAUUGCCACAGCUGGUACUUCAGUGACCAUGAGUAGAAAGCGUGACCAUGUCGUAUUAUGGGACACACUAUUACCUACAUCUAAAGCAAUGGUUUGUGCUCUUCCUGGUCAUGAAGGCGGGGCAUACGCUAUUGCAUACGAAGCAGACAAUCAGCUGUUAUUCUCUGGAGGAAAGAGAGGCGAAAUUGUUGUAUCUGACAUUCGACAACGUACAACCAUGCAUACAUUUACAGCUCAUCAUGCUAGAAUUCGAUCCAUAGCAAUUGAUCCGGAAAACAAGUCGUUGAUUACUGGCUCUAUUGAUGGUGAACUCAAAAUAUGGGACGCUAAGACUUAUAAGCUUCGGCAGUCGUUUGAUAUUCAACCAAGGAAUAGGUUCCUUACACCGUCUUUUAACCGAAUUCCAUUGAAGGCGUUUGGUGUCACACAAAUUCAAAUCCUUUCUAAUGAUAGUAAUAUUUACACUUCUGGUCCUAAUGGUAUUAUUAAAUGUAACAGAAUACCUGUGGUUAUUUAGAAUACAAUAAAAAUAAGUUUUUACAAAGGAGAAGUUACGAGAAAAAAAGGAGACCAUGUAUUCACAACAAUCAAAAAAAA